CAUCGCGCUCAGAGACCAACGUGAGGGAAGGGAGGGAUCGGUUUUCUUCACAAUUAUGGAUCAACAAAGGUACAAACGCCGGGGCUUGCAAUUUACAUCAGCAACAGAUUCCCGUGCACUGAGAGCUAUCCAGCACAGGGAGAGCCAGCGAUCACGCAGGGACAAUGCCAUCACCCAGCGUCGCCAGAUUGGCUCCCUCGAGGACUCGGUGGACGAAGGGCGUCACCAGCGUAACAUGAGCUUUUCCAUCCUUGAAGAAAUGCCCAAGAAGAAGACUCUGGAGGAACUGGGAAGGGAACGUUAUCAACAACUCCUUAAGUGGAAGGAAGAAAAGAAGAAGAGGCUAGAGAAGGAGAAGAAAGUGCGGAAACCAGCUUUCAAAACGGGAAUCUUCCAGCCAGAUACACCCAAGUAUUUAGUUUCCAUGGAUGGUGGAGAUUUGUCCCAGACCCUCCACAAGACGCCUGGGAGGCCAACCCCCUUUAAGUUCCUGGUCAGGUCCUCCAAGAAGUCCGGUGAGACUCCUGGAACUUCCACACAAAAGCCGCUCAGGUUCUGCACGGGAGUGACCCCUGGAGUGUCUGCUUAUAGGCGGUUACCCACUUUUGGCAUGGGCACCACUCCAGACCAGGCUUUACAGAGAGGUGGCAGGCAGAAGUCAGAAGUUGGCUCAGCCAAACCAGCCCAUAGAACUCGUGCAGCAUUGAAGGGUGGCAGGAAAGAAAGAAAUGAGAUUGCAGCCAGGAAGGGACCACUCCGUGGCCGUCUGUCAAAGCUGCAGAAAAAGCAGAUGGAGGCUGAGGAGCUGGGAGUGAAGCCGCUACCCCGCACGCCACAGGCACUUCAACAGCCACGUUUCAGCAAGUACAUCACAAAUGUGACUGAGACGAGAGAUACACAAGUACCCUCUUCCUUUGCCCCAAGUGAUUUCACUUUCGAAUUUAAUGUGCAAAGAGCCCUUAGCCUUAUACGUUCAUGCACGGAUCCCAGUGAAGGCCAGAAUGAGCCGAGUCCCUCAGAGCGGAGGAGCAGCAGACGUUCUUCCCGUUACAGCAAGAAGAAAGAAGAUGAACAGAUUUCUCAACAGGAAGAAAUUACUAAGGAGGCCUCCCAGUCCCUGCCUCCUGUUGAGACUGCUUCACAACAAGAAUCUGAUGACGCAGGCAGCACUGGCACAUACGUCGUUGGUGACCAGUGUGUUGCUGACACCGAGACCUUGCAGCAGUCCGGCAAUGAAUCUGGUGAAGGUGAUAUGGAAGCAGAUUUGCAGGAAGAGCUAGAAACUGGAGUUACAGAAGACGAGGAAGAAGUCCAGGAAGAACAGAAAGUUGAGGAACCCAUGUCAGAAGAGACUCAGGAUCAGAUUCUUCCAGGUGAGGAUGUUGACUACAGCAGGAACACAAUGGAUUUAGAAGAGCCACAGGUUGAGGAGGCUCUGACCCUUAAGACUGAAGAAAAUGUGGAAGAAGAAUGUAAAACCAUGGAAGAGGAAGACUGCAACUUGGAGGUCGGUGAGCCUUUAUCUCUUCGCCUCAGUCCGGAGAAGACCACACGCACCAGGAGAAAGAGUAAGGCGAAAACUCCAGCGAGGCGAUCCACAAGGAGGUCAAUUGCUUGUUGCAGUGAGGCUAUGACACCCACACUGUCCAGGCUACGCCCACGAACCCCCUGUAGCCGUUCCACCCGCCGCUCAUUGUCUGCCCACUGUGACUCUCCCGUUGAAAGGAUGUACACGCCACUGCGGCAGGCUUCAGCAAGGAGGAGGAGCACCAGGAGGUCAGCUGGCAGUGCCCUGAAACUCAACAACAUUAGUGAAGCCCCCAUUGCAGACAUCCCCAAAUUCACUUUACCUUGUGAAGCUGAUGCUGGAGUGGAGAAACAUGAAAUUGUGGAGGAAGAGGAGGUGAAAGAACCGCUGGAAAGCCUUAUGGAGGCAUGUGCAGAGGAUAAUGCCAUGGAAGAGACGACAGAUGUGACGAAGGCCGAUGUCACUGCAGCAGAGGAUAAGAUGGAAUUUGUAACACCCAAUCAGGUUGCACUCAAGAAGUCCCAAAUAACUCCUUCAUCUCAGAAAGCCAGUGAAUUGACAACACCUAUUCAGGUUGCAACUGGGACGUCUCAAAUAACUCCUUCAUCUGAGAAAGCCACUGAUUCACUCAUUGAUGCCACCCCAAAGAGCCGCGGAAGACGUUCAAAGGUGUCAUGGAUGGUAGAGGGAAGUCCCUGGAUCAACACCGCUCGUCGCUCCUCCCAGAAGAAGAGGCGCAGUGGUGUUCCCCCAGACAUUCUUAGUCUCUUUGAUGACAUCCCAACUGAUGGAUCACCGCUCCCCGCGCAUUUAACUCCAGAAGGGAUGAGAAACAAAGAUUUAGGAGCCUCGCCAGUAACUGCUGUUUAUGACUCACCAGUAGGAGUGGGCAAUGCAAGUGUACAUGAAGAUCAGACAUGUACCAAUCUGUUGGCUCUUCUGGAGCCCACAGCCACUACGGAACAUGUUGAUUCCCCUGAUAUUGAUGUCUGGGGUGAAGACAGCCCAGCAGUGGCAACAGCACCUGCAAAUGAUGUACAUUGUACACCUGUCACAUCCAAGCACACAGCCAUUCUAGGCUCAGUUAACCAAAACAUGCUUUUAACAAAUGUUGCUUCUCCUAAACUCCAGUAUCCUGAGAAAAACAAGGGGGACACCAAGGAAGGAAAGAGCUCGUCUCCUCUCCUCCAAGCAGACGAAAGCAAGGAAGGGGCUAAGCAUGGGAUUCUCUCCGACACCAACCUCCUCAAUAAGGGCAGCAGUGGGCGAAAGAGAUCUCGCAGGUCUGUCAUGUUUGCUGUCAAGGAGGACCAGGAAAACCUCGCGUCGCCAAACUUCCGGUUCCCAGGUAAAGAUGUAAGACCAUUUUGUGGAAUGUAUAAUGGAUGA